UAUUCAUUCAGUUCUUGUUCUUUCUCACCAUCAGUUUCUUCUUCUUCUUCUUCUUCUUCUUCUUCAACAAUUCUCUGUUCUUCUUGCUUCUUCACUCUUUUUCACAUUGAAAAACAACCAAAACCAAAGCCUCUCUCUGUUUUUUUUUCCAGCUUACCUUGCUUGCUUUCCUUGUGGGUUUUCUCUUUUCUCCUCUCAUCAUCAUAUCAUUGGAAUAUUUGGAUGAAAAUCUCUGUACCCAUUUGCUGAUCUCCCUGAUUUCGCUGAUCAACUCCAAAAUUCUUCCCCAAUUGGGUUAUAGCUGUGGAAUUCAACCAAGUUUUGUGAGUACUGUGAAUGGUAUGAAAGCAUUGCAAUUACAGGAGUUGUGGUAAACCAGGAAUCCAAGCUGUGAAGUCUAAUCUGUAAGUGGUUUUAGUUUUGUGUUCAAGUGGAUUUCAGAUUCCAUGGGACUGUGUCAUGGAAAGCCCAUUGAAGAAAAUCCAAAACCCAAUUCAGAAAACCCCAAUUCAGUGAUCCAAACUGAAACCCCAAAAACCCCAACCAAUUUCCCAUUCUACAGCCCCAGUCCUCUGCCCAAUCUCUUCAAGAACUCCUCUCCCGCCAACUCCAGCCUCACCUCCACCCCUCUCCGCCUUUUCAAGCGCCCCUUCCCGCCGCCCUCUCCGGCCAAGCACAUUCGGGCUCUUCUCGCUCGCCGCCAUGGCUCCGUCAAACCCAAUGAGGCCUCUAUCCCUGAAGGAAGCGAGUGCGAUGUAGCCUUGGAUAAGAACUUCGGCUACUCCAAGCACUUUGCUGCUCACUAUGACCUUGGCGACGAAGUGGGCCGCGGCCAUUUCGGUUACACUUGCUCUGCCAGGGCCAAAAAGGGCUCCCUCAAAGGCCAACAAGUCGCUGUCAAAAUCAUCCCCAAAUCAAAGAUGACUACAGCAAUAGCUAUAGAGGAUGUGAGAAGGGAAGUGAAAAUACUGCGAGCCCUCACUGGACAUAAAAACUUGGUGCAAUUCUAUGAUUCAUAUGAAGAUGAAGAUAAUGUCUACGUUGUGAUGGAGUUAUGCGAAGGAGGUGAACUUCUCGAUAGGAUACUUUCAAGGGGUGGCAAGUAUUCAGAAGAAGAUGCAAAAAUUAUUAUGGUUCAGAUUCUGAGUGUGGUCGCCUACUGUCACCUUCAAGGUGUGGUUCACCGUGACCUCAAGCCUGAGAAUUUCCUUUUUACGUCAAAGGAUGAGAGUUCCACUCUUAAGGCUAUUGAUUUCGGGCUUUCUGAUUAUGUAAAACCAGAUGAGAGAUUGAAUGACAUUGUAGGAAGUGCUUAUUAUGUUGCUCCCGAGGUUUUACAUAGAUCAUAUAGAACUGAGGCAGACAUGUGGAGUAUUGGUGUAAUUGCGUAUAUUCUCUUGUGUGGAAGUCGUCCAUUUUGGGCCCGAACAGAAUCUGGUAUUUUUCGGGCUGUUUUAAAGGCAGAUCCGAACUUUGAGGAAGCCCCAUGGCCUAGUUUAUCUACCGAUGCAAUUGAUUUUGUGAAGAGACUGUUGAACAAGGACUAUCGCAAGAGAUUGACUGCUGCUCAGGCCCUGUGCCAUCCAUGGUUAGCUGAUCAUCAAGAUAUCAAGGUACCAUUAGAUACGAUUACUUACAAGCUUGUCAGAAGUUAUAUUUGCUCAUCUUCACUGCGUAAAUCGGCAUUGGGUGCCCUUGCAAAGACAUUAAGUGCUGUUCAACUAGGUUAUCUUCAGAAGCAAUUUACAUUGUUAGGGCCUAACAAGAAUGGGCUCAUUUCCAUGCAAAACUUCAAGACGGCUUUAAUUAAGAAUUCAACAGACGCAAUAAAGGAUUCGAGAGUUCUCGAUUAUGCCAACGUGGUUAGUUCCAUUCAGUACAGAAAAUUAGAUUUUGAAGAAUUCUGUGCGGCUGCUAUAAGUAUAUAUCAACUUGAGGGAAUGGAGAACUGGGAGCAACAUGCCCGGCAUGCUUAUGAUCUUUUUGACAAGGAUGGGAACCGACCGAUAAUGAUCGAGGAGCUUGCCUCAGAACUUGGACUUAGUCCAUCGGUACCAGUUCAUGUGGUUCUCCAAGACUGGAUCAGGCACUCCGAUGGGAAGCUUAGCUUCCUGGGAUUUGUCAGACUUCUACAUGGUGUCUCUUCUCGCGCAUUUCAAAAGGCAUAAAACGAACUCAGAUAAACAAACCCAAAUUUUUCUCUUGUCAAACUUCCUUGACCAAAAUCGUUGAAGGAAUUCUAUAUCAUCCUGAACUCGGUCGUGCCAUAGUGAACAACCGUAAUAAUACGAUCCUGCUCAGAAGGAACAGGGCUGCAGAAGUUGUUGCCUAUGAAGUUUGUUGGUGCAUGUUGUGAUGUGGGUGUAAUUUGUUGUAGUUGUGCAAGUUGUUUCUUACGUUUUGUCAGUGAUUGGUGGGGUUGAAAUUUAGGGGAUUGUACAGUGGAAAAAUAGAGGAAGAUAAUGUACCCAGGUUUAGCCAACUACUUAAAAAACUCGAGAGUUAAGAAGAAAGGCCAUUCAUGGCCCUUUGGCUUUGACUGCUUUUUCUA